UUUUCAAUGCUGCAAUGUUUCAUUAACGUUUUUUCAACGUUCUGUGCUGUAUGGAAAUUGACAGAUGCGAUUGGUCAAUUCCGGUGGAAUAACCAGUCAGUUAAGUUAAUCGAAGUUGGUAGAAACGAGCAUGAAUCAGAAGUUUUGGAAAAGUCUGGAAUAUAUGGGAACGUAGUAUAAUAUACAAAUUUUGUUCAAGUGUUAAUCGUGUAAUAAAAUGAGGUAUGGAAGAGGAUGACGAAGAAGUCUCGCUCACAUGCACGCAGCGACGAAAAAGCAGUAUUCCAGGAUUGAGCAUAUAUCAGUCAGUGCAAAAUAGUUUAAAUCAAGGAUCAGAACAAACAUUGUAUGAAAGUGUCCGCAAUACUUUAUAUGAGGACGUUAUAAGUAUGAACAGUAUGCAUAGUGCUGUUUCUUUGGAAAAUAUUCGUCAGAUAUAUACAGAUGACUUAUCUACUAUAAAUAAUGACACAGAUGAAACGAUUAUAGAUGGAAGCUAUACAGAUGUAAAAAAUAGCAUGCACAAUUCAAGAUUGCUUUCUCAUUCUGGUACAAAGUAUAGCUUAUACUUUCGAGAUGAGAUUCGUUCAAUCGACUUUGUACUUGUGUGGGAUGAGUAUAACGGAGAAGCACAGACUUAUCACAGUGUCGAACAUAGAAAGUUAAGAACAAAUUUUUAAUCAAAAAAAUGCACGAGACAAGAUUUGAACACGCAACCUACUGUGUACGAAGCCAACGUCUUACCUACUGCGCUACCGUUGUUGCUAUUCAAUAGUGACGAUUGAACGUAUUAAGUGUGCCCCCGGCCGACUAGUCAUUUUUAAAAAUCGAUUUCUUCGAAAUUAUGGCCCAUUGGCUGAAAUGGCCGGACACGUGUCGUUUUCGUUCAAGAACAGCCUGUAAAAAGCGCAUCAAAAUCCCCGGAGCAGUCAUCUGGUGUUCCCCUUGUGAGUAUUGAGAUUUAGUAUUGGUCAAUAUUUAAAUAUUGAUGUAGUUAAGUAUUGAUGAAGACUGAGUAUGGCGAGUUAGUAUUGAUUGCGACGUUAUUUCUGAGCUUUUGCAAAAGCGUCGACAAAUUACCGCCAGCUCCAGAUCACGACCGCGACACACGAACAAAAUUGUUGGGCGCCAGGUGCGGAAAAGACCGCACCACCUCGGAACACAAAAAAACGCGAAAGUGCUUGAAACUCGUGUGAUCCUGGGACCGUACGGGACCGGUAACUCGAAUGAUUAUACAGGUUUACAAGAUUUUUAAUCACAAAAGAAAUAAGAGAUUUAUCCGAAGGAAUUCGGUGCACUGAAUUCAAAUCUGGCCUUAGAAUGACGCUAUCACGUCAGGAUUUUGAGAUAUUCUAACUUAAAAGUGCAAAAAUGGCUGUUUUAGGGCAUUAUUGGAGUUUCCUCCUGGUUGCAAAGAAUUUUACCGACAAAAACUAAAUAAAGUACCGUAAAGUACGAGUCUUGCCCUUCAAUUUCCAUUUUGGAACGUCUAAAUAGGAUUUUUUUUUCAUCGAGAUACAGCAGAUUUAAGUUUUUACUGCAUACAGAAAAUUUUCUAAAGGCAAGACUCGUACUUUACGGUACUUUGUUUAGUUUUUGUCGGUAAAAUUCUUUGCAACAAGGAGGAAACUCCAAUAAUGCCCUAAAACAGCCAUUUUUGCACUUUUAGGUUAGAAUAUCUCAAAAUCCUGACGUGAUGGCGCCAUUCUGAGGCCAAAUUUGGAUUCAGCGCACAAAAUUCCUCCGGAAAUCAGUAUAAAGUUUCAUGUGAUAUUAAAUAUCCUUUAAUUUGUUGACCUGUGUUAUUGGAGUCGGCGACGGGAUGGGUUCGGAAGGUGACAGGGACGGAAAGAGAAUAGACUUGAGAAAUUUAGCAAUAACUGAUCUUUUAUUAAGCGGGACUCGCGAUAACUUCGCGAUACGCUCGACAAGUCUUCGGCAAUGUCGCCGCGCGCGUGGUCUUGACGGUAUUCACGGGACUCGAUACGAAAUCGCGGACGCGACAAUUGCGGCCCGAAGACGGUUUCCUCGGGCGAGCCUGUUUUCGCAGCCGCUCCGCGGACGGGACGUCGAUAACAUAGAAAAAGAUCUACGACCACGAUACGAAAAUGUCAGAGCAGAUGGGAGGUCUUACAGUGACGGCGGCUUGCCCAGCGUAUGGCGGGUCUGGUGGCGGUCCUCGCCUCCUGUCGGUUGCUUGUCGACGCGCUCUCUCGGAGUCCACUCCCGUUCGCUCACACUCUCCUCCGCUUUCGCGCUCCACGCACUCUCACAUUCUCUCGUGAUUCCUGCACGAAUCGAGACGGCACGGUUGGUCGAUAUCACAAAAGUUGGAACGACACUUUUCGAGGCUGCUGAUCUGCUCAGGGAUCUCGAAUCCUGGGAGUUCCCCCUUCGUCGCUCCUUUCCGCGUUCAGAAUUCCUCGGUUUCGUCAAUCGGCGAUCAACAGCUUUCGGUAGAGUUGUUUUGAGACACUUUCGUCGUCGAUGCUGGGCUUGCAGUCUUGAUCGGCACGCACCAUUUCUUAUAGCUGUGACCCUCUGACCAGUAUUGUUCUUCCGGUAUUGCUCCUGGUUUCCCGCUGCGUUCGCCAAGCGUCAGCUGAAAGGUAAAUAUAGCUGACUGUCGAGUCAGCAGGCUGAUCGAGUCUUAAUUCGGCAGCGGUGUUCCCGUAUUAGUGAAUAUUCUGAACGAUAGAAUAUUCAGGAACUCAGCGCGAUCGGAAUAAGCGAGAAUAUUAUAGCGCUAAGUAAUGCAAGAGCGAUCACCUGAGUGAGAGCGAUGAGCGAUGAGCUGGCGGCCGACGUUCCUCCCACGUCGUCCACGGAUUCCGCUGGUCUUGGUAGUCGGCAAGGGAAGCCGAGGGAGUACAAAAUCUAGGACGCGAUGACCUACGCAUUUGCUCCGCUUGCACGAAAUAAACUCUGAAAUUUGGUCCUAAGGACUCACACGAAAAACGGAAGCUAUUCCAGGACGCGAUACGCGAAAAAUGGUCGCGAAGUCGGUGCGCUUUUUAUUGGGACGGGCGCCUCCGAGGCUGCCACGUCACAUGGUCAAUAUUUAAAUAUUGAUUAUAUCAAACAAUAUUUAUAAAAAUUUAAAAACAUUUGAAAAACAUUUUCAGAAUGUUAAA